AUGCCCAACGUGGUGCUGCCCGUCCUCGCUGGUGCACACGAGGAGGACGCCGUCCAUGCUCCCAACGAGGACGCCGUAUCGGUCAUGGAGGCCGACGAGAGGACGCGAGAGCUAGAGGCGUGGAACCGCGCCUGCGCGGUAAAGUUUAGUUUUAGCGCGCGCCAGCUGGUUCUGCGCGCUCCAGCGGUGGCGGGAACUUACCGCGAGCGGGAAGUGUUUGCGCGCGCGAGGGAGAAAGCAGCAUGCGGCGCGGUAGAUUUGGCGUGCCGCUUCGCGGGCGCCUAUAAAAUCGCGCGCUCGCCACGCGCACAGAACACAGCCACGCGCCCUCCCCUCGCCACCUCGCCGCUUUGCCGCUUUCCACGCCACCACCACGCCACCAUGCCGUCGCGCCGCCGGGGUUCGUCGGGCUACCGCCGCGUCCGCGAGCGCCCCAAUGGCUGGUACUCCGCCGAGAUCAGGGCCGGCGACGUCCGGCUCGACCUCGGGUCGUUCCGGAGUGCGUACGACGCGGCGGCGUGGCGCUUGGAGAGUUCCCGGUCGCAGAUGAACUUCCCGGACGUCUUCACGCGCGAGCAGUGGAGUAUCCAUAUGCCUGGUUUAUUCAGCCUAUGCAAAUGCAGACCAUACAAUUGUGAUAGGAAAUGGAUUUGGGUCCUCAUCCAGACGCGGCAAGGGCGUCCACACCAUCCCGCAGCAGCAGCAGCAAUGUCGCAUCGGAUCCUCAACACCUCCAAGCCCACGCUGCCGCCGGCGCCGCAGCCUCAGCUCCACCAUCCUCCCCCGCCACCGCCCACGAAGCUCGGCCGCCGUGCCGCCGCGGUCGCGGUCGCCAUCGCGGCCUCGCCGGCACUCCUCGGCGCCGUCUCCCCGUCCGCCCGGGCGCAGGAAGCGGCAGCAGCAGCGUCGGCCUGCAUCGACGAACUGCCGAUCACGGCCAAGGCGUUCCUGGACGUGUCCAUCGGCGGCGAGCCGGCCGGCCGCAUCACGGUGGGCCUGUUCGGCGACGCGGCGCCGGCCGGCGCGGCCCGGUUCCUGUCGCUCGCCACGGGCGUCGGGUACCGGCGCAAGGAGUUCGUGAAGGUGGUGCCCGGGUACGUGCAGCACGCCGGCGUGGUCUCGUACCCGGUCAUCCCGGCGGUGACCGACCGGCUGGCCGCCGAGAUGGAGGCCGCGCGCGCGCGGUGCGGCGGCGGCGCGAUGAACGCGGCGGGGGCGGUGUCGAUCGUGGUGCGGGACCCGAGCCUGCCGCCGCCGAAGCCGAAGCUGGUGGCGCGGGGCGGGCGGCUGAAGAUCGAGGAGGAGCAGGUGGGCGUGGUGCCCAACGGCACCGAGUUCGUGAUCGCCACCAGGGACUCCCCCGAGCUGGACGCGUCGGCGCUGGUGGUGGGCCGCGUCGUCGCCGGCAUGGACGUCGUCGGCAGGAUCGCCGCCGUGGCCACCGUCAAGGAGAACACCGGGUCGGCCUACUUCAAGGUGGCGAAGCUGAUCGGGGACAAGAGAGCGGUGGUCGCAGAGCGAGGGUUCAACCGCCCCUACACCAAGAUCCUAGUCACCAACUGUGGAGUCCUUGAGCAGCAGUAGUAGUAGUGGAAUAAGCAAGAUAUAUAUACUUGAGGUUCAUGCAUGGCCUCCUUUCUCUUUUCAUUCUUUCCUGUCGUCCACAUUGCAACCAGUCUUAGAUCAUGCAAAGGCGUCCAAGGACAGUGGAUUUGUUGUUUUGUUGUUUGAAAAGGCAGGUUACUCCA